GCUGACUCUGAACUCUGCCCAGUUCUGCACCAUCUCUGUGACCUGUGACGAUUUCCUGAUUGGUGGCCCUGCAGUGCUCAGUAAGUCUGACCUGCCCCUACCGGGUCUUCCAGACUCCUUGGCACAAAGCACAACAAUCGUCUGUGUUGAGGCCAACCCAUUGCAGGAGAAGCAGAAACCCUCCAGUAGCAGACAGCACUUCUUUUACCCAGCCCUCAGAAAGUUAGCCUGAGCAUCUGGCCAAGAUGAUUCUUCUCCGUAGCCCUCAGAUGCUGCAGACCCUGGAAAGAACCUUGAGGAAGGACAUUCCUGAGUCUCUAAAGGUUUAUGGCACCAUCUUCCAUAUGAACCUGGGGAAUCCAUUCAAACUGGAGGCAUUGGUGGACAAGUGGCCAGAUUUUAAAACAGUUAUUGUCCGGCCUCAAGAGCAGGAAAUGAGAGAUGAUUUAGAUCACUACACCAACACCUACCAAGUUUAUUCCAAGGAUCUCCAAAGUUGUCAGAAUGCCCUCAAGUCUUCAGAUGUCAUCAAUUGGAAGCAACACCUGCAAAUUCAAGGUUUACAGUCUGGCUUAAACGAGGUGAUAAAAAAUGUGGCAAAGGAGAAAUCAGUCCAGGUCAAGAUGACGAAUCGCAAUCUCUACUUGAUUUCUGAAACGCUGAACAGACACGCGCCUGAUGAGCAAACUGGGGCUAAAUCAAAUUACAAAACUCAAAAACCAAAAAAAGAUAUCGACUCUAAGAGAUUUAAGAUGUCCUCUCUGGACCCCACUCAUGCCUCUUUAGUAAACGACCUCUGGAGCUUUGGGGGGAAUGAGAAGAGCCUGAAGUUUAUCUCGCGGUGCAUCCGGCACUUCCCCAGCUACUGCCUGCUGGGGCCAGAGGGGACUCCAGUGUCCUGGGACCUCAUGGACCAAACUGGAGAACUCCGGAUGGCAGGAACCGUGCCCGAGUACCGUGGGCUGGGCUUGAUCUCCCAUAUCAUUUAUCACCAGAUCCAGGCUCUGGACAAACUGGGCUAUCCCAUGUACUCCCACAUCGAUAAGGACAACCAGCCCAUGCAGCGCCUGAGCCAGACCAUAAAACAGAUGCCUAUGAAGUGCCACUGGCAGCAAUGGAACUGUGAGCCCGCUGCCAGCUCAUCAGCCAAGGAGAGUGGAAGCCAGAGCGAUGGCGGGAGCAGGGGCGCAGGCUCCUCCUGAGCACAGCCUGGGCUCCUCCUCUGGGAAAUCUGGGAGUGGGAUGGAUGGCGUGUUGAGUACCUUUACCAGAUGGGCCUCUCACUGUAGACCAUCCAACUGAAGUAGGACACACUGAUUUCCUUGUAUAAGUCUUAUUAUAAUAACAAGAUGAUUGGC